AACUCGACCUAUGAAUCCCUAUUGCCAAUUGCCAAACGAACGAAAAAAACGACAGACGUGAUACGGUCUGGCAAAUUUCUUUAAGUUGAUUGUCGUUAGAAGAUUUGUCCAAAAAAAUAACGAAGAAAAUCCGUGUAAAAUUGCAAAUAAAACCAAGGCCAAGUUACCGAAAGCAAAGAAGAAAAUGUAAAGCAAAUAUAUCAUUAAAUCCUUGCUCAACUAACAUAAAAUACGUAAGCAAUUAGAAAUUAGUGCCCGUUGUCAUAAUUUACACAAAGCUAACGAAACGACAGAGAGAAAAAACCAACAAACAACAACAAAUUGUGAAACUCCAAUUGUUUGUGCAUGUAUUUGUGUUUUGUAGCUUGAAAAAAAGGUAAAUUAUUGAACAGUGGUUAUUUUCUCAAAAAAAAAGUGUGAAUUCUAAUUGUUUGAUUGAAAGAAAGCUAAAGAAAUAAAAGGAAAAUAGCAAAUAAGCAGAAAAACGGUAAUUUACAACAAACCCAACCGCAAACAACAACAAAAAUAAAAAGAAAGAAAACGAAACGAAGUAUACGUAAUUUGGUCAUAUCAUAUUGCAAAAGCAGAGAGAAAAAAGAAGUACAACAAAAACAACAACAGCAUCAACUCUAAUACCAACAACAACAACAACACUAAGCCACAACGUUAACCCACCAGCACAGUGAGCAAUAAAAAGAACAAGUGACGAAUGGAGGGGACCUUUUAACAGCUUGAACUAAAACGUUUUUCUGUGCUGCUGCUAUUGUUUAUAAAACAUUGUAUGUGUGUCAGUGUGUUUGUUUUGUUGUUGCAAAACAAAAACCAGUGCAAUUUUAAGAAACAAGAAAUAUUUAAAAUAUUUUUGUUAUACGGGGCAUUAAACCACCAAGAAAUUAUUACUCUCUUUAAGGCAUAACUAAAAAUCCCGAAAUUCUACAUCAUCACACCAGUAUCAUCAACAACAACAACAACUACAAAACUAAGAUUUCUAUAAGCUGAAGCUGAAAAAAACAAAACAACAGAAAUUCUUCCAAAUCAUCGGCGAUUUAUGACAUUAUCUAUUCCCGCAUCGCGCCCUCAACGUCAUAACCUCCCGUACCACCCCUUAUCUUUUGUGUAUACGUUAAACGUAUCUUGAAGUUUUUAAAACUUUCAACCUCCUAUUUUUGGAAAUUUUGGAAUUUUUUUUUUGAAAUCAACGGCAUUACAAAUUCUGUUUGAUUUCGAAGGGACGACGGACGUCAUCAACAACAAUUUUUGGAAAUCUUUCCCCCACCCCCUACGCUCCCUAAUUAUAGAAAUUCAUUAGUUUUCUCUCACUCUCACAAUUGGUGUACGAAAAUUUAUGCCCAAACAUCGUUAGAACGCUCCAGAACAUCAACACACACACGGAUUUGUUUUGUGCCAACCAGGCCGGAGAAAUCUUCAACUUCCUUAAUUCGCAAGCAAAGGAAAACGGAAUUAAUCGGAACAAGAGAAGAGAGAAAAUUGAAAAAGUUGGAAAAUGAAAUGAGUUUUUAAGAUAAACAAAAAGAAGUGAAACAGAAAAAUCUUCAGAGUCUGCGGUGGUGGUGUUGAAAUUUCUCCCUUGCAAAAGAAUCUCAAAGCCGUCACAUUGAAGUCUUGCAUCAGUGGUGGUGGUGGCAAUAAAAAAGGAAAAAUGGGCGCCAAUGUUUCACAGCUGGAAAAGGAAAUCGGUUCCGAUCUCUUUCCACCCAAUGAGCACUACUUUGGUCUGGUGAAUUUCGGCAACACCUGCUACAGCAAUUCCGUGUUGCAGGCCCUGUAUUUUUGCAAGCCAUUUCGUGACAAGGUGUUGGAGUACAAGGCCAAAAAUAAGAGACCCAAAGAAACCCUUUUAUCCUGUUUGGCGGAUCUUUUCUACAACAUUGCCACGCAAAAGAAAAAGGUUGGCUCCAUUGCCCCCAAAAAGUUCAUUGCCCGCCUGCGCAAGGAGAAGGAGGAGUUCGACAACUACAUGCAACAGGAUGCCCAUGAAUUUUUGAAUUUUCUCAUCAAUCACAUCAAUGAAAUCAUAUUGGCCGAGCGUAAUGCCAGCAAAAGUGGUGGAGGUGGAGGCAAUGCCACAUCGUCGGCUGGUACGGCAGCGGCAGCCACCAAAUCCUCAUCGACCACCUCGACCUCAACCACGGUCUCCAACUCCUCGACCAAUGGUACUUGCUCAAAUUCAACGGGCUCCAUAAACGGCAUUGGUAUUGGCAUCUCCGAUGCCACCACCCCCACCCAGGGCGGUGGCAGUCCGGCCAACAGCGAGCCCACCUGGGUCCAUGAGAUAUUCCAGGGAACUCUCACCUCGGAGACGCGUUGCCUCAACUGUGAAACGGUCAGCAGCAAGGAUGAACAUUUCUUCGAUCUCCAGGUGGAUGUCGACCAGAAUACCUCAAUCACCCAUUGUCUGCGGUGCUUCAGCAACACCGAAACCCUCUGUUCGGACAAUAAAUUCAAAUGCGACAACUGUUGCAGCUAUCAAGAGGCUCAAAAGCGUAUGCGUGUCAAAAAGUUGCCAAUGAUUUUGGCCCUGCAUCUGAAACGCUUCAAAUACAUGGAACAAUUCAAUCGUCACAUCAAGGUCUCACAUCGUGUGGUCUUUCCCCUGGAACUGAGGCUGUUCAACACCUCAGAUGAUGCUGUGAAUCCGGAUCGCCUAUAUGAUCUUAUGGCUGUGGUCAUCCAUUGCGGUUCGGGACCGAAUCGUGGCCAUUACAUUAGCAUUGUCAAGAGUCAUGGUCUGUGGUUGCUCUUCGACGAUGAUAUGGUCGAUAAGAUUGAGGCUUCGACCAUUGAAGAUUUUUAUGGCCUCACCUCGGAUAUCCAGAAAUCAUCGGAAACGGGUUAUAUUCUGUUUUAUCAAUCGAGGGAUUGUAAUGUUUAAAAGGGAAAUAGGCCAUUAAUUAUUUUAUAAUCGCAAUAAAACAAUAUGUAAUGUCUACAAAGUGUGCAAAAGUCGUAGGUGAAAAUUAUUUAGAGGAAGAACAUCACAAUCAAAAAUGAACACCUUCCCAGCAAAUAAUCUCAUUACCAAGUAAUGUGUUAAUAUUUGUCUCAUUACCAAAUAUGGAGUUAAUAUGGCAUUUUACUUUGCCUCACCAUCCCGGAAACCAAUCUCAUUACCAAGUAAGGUGUUAAUAUGGCACUUUUGUUUUACCUCAUUACCAAAUAAUGAUCUAAAAUUGCAUUUCAUUACCAAAUAUAGAGUUAAUAUGACAUUUUAGUUUGUCUCAUUACCAAAUAAAGAGUUAAGAUUACACGAUUAAGGAUUUUGACUACUCAAUGUCGACAAAAAUCGAAGUCGAUUUCGUAAGAGGGACUUAACAAAAUAUUUAGGAGGAGGAAAUUACACUCAAAAAUGUCCACCUACCCAGCAAACAAUCUCAUCAAUAAAUAAUGAGUAAAAAUUGAAUUUUUGGUUGCCUCAUUACCAAAUAAGGAGUUACUACGAUAUUCUUAUUUUCCCCAUUACCAAAUAAUGAGUUAAUAUGGCACUUUUGUUUGCCGAGGUUGAGCACCGAUUUUGUCGAUUCGAAGAGGUAUUUAAAAAUUAUUUCGAUGAAGGAAAAUUCAUUAAAAAAUCUCCACCUACCCAGGAAACAAUCCCAUUACCAAGUAAUGAGUUAAUGUUGCAUGUUUAUUUGCUCCAUUAUUAAAUAAUAAUUUAAUAUUGUAUUUUUGUUGGUCUCAUUACCAAAUAAUCAGUUAAUGCUGCAAUUUUAUUGGCCGAAAAGUCCCUUUCGACUUCGUAAGAGGAAAAUACAUCCAAAAAUAUCCAUCUACCCAGCAAACAAUCCCAUUACCAAGUAAUGAGUUAAUAUUACAUUUUCGUUUGCCCAGGUUUAAUAUCGAUUUUGUCGACUAGAAAUUGAUUUAGGAUUUUGAAUUUUAAAUCCAAUAUCGACGUGUGAAGUUUUCAAUAUUAAUUUGUCGAUUGGUAGGUUGAAUAAUAUCGAUUUUCAAUUUUUUCGGGGUAUAAAUAAAAUAACGAAAAAUCUGAAAUUAAAUUAUGUGUUUAUUGUUGCAUAUUUUAGGGGUGAAAAUAAAACUCCCCGAAAUGAUAAUCCAAAAAUCGAAUAUAUAAGGAGAGAAAUAAGUUAAGAUUGAUAUUUUGAAUAGAUAAACCAUUCCACUUCUAAUUACUGGUAAUGCAUGAACGAUUCUUUGUACACUACUUGGUAAUGGAAUACCAAAUUUUGCUGGGCAUUAAUAAAAUAAUUAACUACAGAAUAAAAAAUUUCUUGACAUUGUCAAAAUUUAAAAUGUCUUGCUAUCUUUUACCUUACCUUGUAAUGAGUUGUUGUGCAGCUCAUGUAGCUAUAAAUUUUUUACGGGGCCAGAUUCCAACUGUAACUCGUACUUACUUGUAAGGAGAAAAAUAAGUUAUUUUCGAUUGCGAUUUUGAAAAGAUAACCCAUUAUUUUUCUCUUUACUGGGAAUGCAUGAAUGCCUUUUUGUACACUACUUUGUAAUGGGAUGUCAAUUCUUUACUUGUAAGGAGAAAAAUAAAUUAUUUUGGAUUUAUAACCCACAAUUUUGAAUUUAUAACCCAUUAUUUUUCUUAUUACCGGUAAUGCAUGAAUGUCUUUUUGUACAUUCGUCUGUAAUGGGAUACCGAAUUUUGCAUUUUUUUUUAUCAAGAAAAUGAUUAAAAAUCUAAAAUAAAAUAACCGUUUAUCGUUGCAUAUUCUUUGGCUGAAUUGCAAAGUCUUGAGAAAAUUAUUCCAUAAUUUAAAAUAUCUUUGCAAUUUUUCACCUUACUUUGUAAUGAGUUGUUAUGCGGCACGUGUGGAUACCAAUUUUUUACUGGGUCAUGUUCCAACUGUAACUCUUUACUUGGUAAGGAGGAAAAUAAGUUAUUUUCGAUUGCAAUUUUAAUUUUCUCUUUAGUGGUAAUGCAUGAAUGUCUUUUUGUACAUUACUUGGUAAUGGGACGUCAACUCUUUACUUGUUAGGUAAAAAUAUGAUAUUUUCGGUUGCAAUUUUGAAUCAAUAACCCAUUAUUUUACUAUUUACCGGUAAUGUAUGAACAAUUUUUAGUACAUUACUUGGUAAUGGGAUGUCAAUUUUUGCCGAAUUAAUGUCCAAAACCAAAAUGUGUUUUUCCUUUUUUUUUGUGUUUUAAAUAAUUUGCCCUUACGACUUUUGCAGACGCUAUGGCGGUUCACAUAAUCAUGAAUUUUGUAUUCAAAAUAUAUGAUCUAAUCCCAAAGCCUACAAUUUAUGAUAUGAGGUGGAAAUUUUGAAAAAAAUACUGAAAUACAAUAUAAGCUAUUUCCUAAAAUGAUUUUAUAUAAUUUGAUUCUUUUCUCGUGGCCGUUAUAAAUUCUAGGCAAAAUUUUCUUCAAUGUGCAUGAAUUUAUUUUUA